UGACUCUGAUAAAGGGAUUAACCAGAUUAAAAGGAGACUCCAUCAUAAGAAAGUCCUUAUCGUUCUUGAUGACCUAGAUGAAUGGGACCAACUCUCAAAACUUGCAGAAAAGCAUGAUUGGUUUGGUCUAGGGAGCAGAAUUAUGAUUACAACGAGGGACAUCAACUUUCUGCCUAUCGAAGAGGAGAACCGAGAAAAUGGUGUCCAAACGCAUUUUGAAGAGUUUAAAAUCUAUCAAAAGAGAGAAUUGUCCCAUCGCCAUGCUCUUCAGCUUUUUAGUAAGCAUGCCUUUAGAAUGGAUUCUCCUCCACAUGAUUAUUAUCAUAUUUCUCGUGAUAUUAUUUGUAAAACCGGUAGACUUCCUUUGGCUCUUGAGGUCAUCGGUUCCUCUCUUUGUGGCAAAAGUAAACCACUUUGGAAUGCCACGUUGAAGAAAUUAGAUUUUGUUCCCAUUCAAAAUGUCCAUCACAAAUUAAAGAUUAGUUUUGACAUGCUGGAGGAUGCACAGAAAGAAAUAUUUCUUGAUACUGCAUGUUACUUUAUCGGUGAAGAAAAUAUCCAUCCACAUUAUAUGUGGAAAGCGUCGGUUAUUUCCCCAAAAGUUGAGAUCUUUGUCCUUUCACGUAUGUCUUUGAUAAAGGUUGAUGGUAAUGAUAGAUUGUCUAUGCAUAACCUGCUCAAAGACCUUGGAAGAGAAAUUAUUCGACAAGAAGACAAAGUUCUUGAGAAGCGUAGUAGACUAUGGUCUCCCAAGGAUUCGUUGGACGUAUUGCAGAAUAGAAAGGGAACAGAGAACAUCAUAGCACUCAAAUUAACCGGACUUCCAAAAGAGCACAACUUUACAAGUGAAGAGUUUUCAUGGCUGCCUAACUUAAAGUUGUUGGAAUUAGAGGGGGGGAACUUGAGGGGGGACUUUAACAAUCUUCUCUCAAGUUUAAAAUGGCUCUCUUGGUGUCGUUGCCCUUCAGACUUGCAGGCGGUCAAUCUAUGUUUAGGGAACUUAGUUGUACUCAAGCUUUCGGACAGCAAAAUUCCAGAGAACUGGAAUGGAUGGGGCCCAUUCUUGGCAAAUCGUGACUUGAAAGUUUUACAUCUCAUGAGAUGCUAUCUCUUGACAUCUCCCGACAUCUCAUCUUUCUUGAAUUUGAGGAUAUUGGUUUUUGCUGAACAUUGUCCAGAGUCGCCACAAAUCGGUAGCUCUAUCGAUAAGCUAAAGCGCCUAAAGCGCUUGGAAAUAACUGCAGCAAUAGUUCAACCGUCAAAGUUUUCUCAAAGCCCCCAUUUUGACCUGUGCAUAGUGCCUUCUGCAAUAUGUCGUCUGAAGAACCUGUCAAUUCUAAAGCUAGAGGGGCAGUGUAUGCGAGAGCUUCAUCCAUCUAUUGGAGACAUGGCGAGCUUGAUGUGCUCGUCUUUAGUGCAUUGUUAUCGGCUUAGAAAGCUUCCAGAUUCCAUUGGGAAAUUGAGAUUGUUGCUUGAAUUGAAUUUGUUCAACACAAGAAUAAGAGAGUUACCAGAUUCUAUUGCAGAUCUCAAGAUGUUAGAGAAAAUGAAAUUAGGACGCACUCGAAUAAGGGAGCUACCAAACUCAAUUGGAGGACUAGAAUCAUUACUCGACUUAGACUUGCAGUGUACAGAGAUUACAACGCUGCCUGCUUCUAUUGGAUAUCUUAAAAGGCUGCGGCGCUUAACUAUGAUUUUUAGUAAGAUGAGAGAGUUACCUACUUCAAUUGGAGAUCUCAAAAUGUUGGAGCAUAUGAACUUGCACUCCACUCUAAUAAUGGAGCUACCAAACUCCAUCGGAGGACUAGAAUCAUUGCUCCACUUAGACUUGCAGCAAACAAUGAUUAAAGAACUGCCUGCUUCUAUUGGAUAUCUUAAAAGGAUUAAACGCUUAUAUACAUAUGGGAGUAAGAUAAGAGAGCCACAGAAGGCCAUAGGGAUGUUAGAGAAUCUAGAAACGUUGGAAUACCAUGGUUCUGGAAAUGUGGAUAUGACAUGGCCUCCUCGACUUACGGCACUUCACAUAUUUUGUGAUGAUCCUCUAUCUCUCCCUAGGCUUCCUUCAGGUCUUCGUCUUUUGGAAUUUAACGGUGUCAAGUACCCAAUAGAACAGCCACUCCUCUCCCAAUUGAGAUGUUUGCCCGAGUUAAUACUCUGUAGAUGGGAAUUGAGAGAGAUCGAGUUUAAACAGCUAGAGAAUCUCCAUCGGUUAGUUGUGAGAGGCUGUAAAUCACUGGUGAGAUUAUCGGGUCUAUCAAGUUUAGCGAAGCUGGAAAGUCUAAGUAUCAUGAGGUGCUCACAGCUAAUCGAAAUUCAAGAUUUGGAAGAAAUGGAAUCGCUGGAGAAAUUAUCUAUUGGGGAAUGCAGCUCCAUAGAAAGGUUACCGGAUCUAUCAAAAUUACUUAAGUUGCGGAGUUUGUUCGUAAGGGACUGUAAAUCACAUCAAGGUUUGCCUAAUUUACCAAACUCACUGGAGAAGUUAACCAUUGUGAAUUGGAGUUACAUGAAAAGGUUACCUGAUCUAUCAAAACUACAUAAAUUGCGGAGAUUGUCUAUAUCGCACUGUAAAUCACUACAAGAUUUGCCUAAUUUACCAAAUACAUGUGGUCUCAAUGUUCAUGCAUGCCCUAAGUUAGGCGAAUCGCGUGCCUUUAGGGAAUUUUGCAGCCGGUGUCGGGAAUCCAACCCGCGCCUAUGCUCAAGGAGCCCACCUAUGUAUGGUUGA